GUAUAUUAUAACUUUUUAUAAUAGGAGAAAAUACAGUGAAUCUGUUUUUCCAAUGCAAACUGUCUUAUUGACAGAUGUUGUUUGUAUUACACAAAAAAAACAUCACCAGGUUUUGUUAAUCUCUCUUUAGGUGUCGGCAUGGAUCAUGGUAUCGUUGGCGGUAAGGUGUCCAUUCCACACAGCCGCCCGUACAUGGUCUACAUUCGUGACAACCAAACACAUUCAGCAUGUGGUGGAUUUUUGUUAAGAGAAGAUUUCGUGAUGACGGCUGCCCACUGUAAUAGAAAACAUCUCAUGGUGUAUUUGGGUGUUGAUGACACAAAUCGUUUACCUGAGGGUAUACCAGUCUUGGCCAUUCCACAUCCAGAUUUUGCAAACAUGAAAGGUUAUGACGACAUCAUGCUACUAAAGCUUAAUAAAAGUGCAACUCUGAACAAGAAUGUGAAAACCAUUGGCCUGCCAAAAAAGGGAGAGGCGAUCCCAAGUAACUGCAUGGCCAUGGGUUGGGGCUGGCAAGAAUACACUCACAUGUCUCCAUCAAGUGUCCUGAAAGAAGCGAACUUGACUCUUAUUCAAAACUGUGCCACACCUCACACUAUAUGCACUGAGGGAGGAACCGGGCCAGCACGGGGAGACUCUGGCGGUCCACUUAUUUGUGGAAAUGUCCCACACGGCAUUGUGUCUUACAACAUUGUGAAUAAGUCUACAGGUGUAUACAUUACAAUGUAUACUAAAAUCUCUCACUACUAUCAAUGGAUUCAUGACACCAUGAGAGGUUCUCUUUAAAGCAUCAUAAACCAUGUUAGGCAAAGCUGAAUCAACUCAACAUUUGAAUAUGAAGGCAUUUCAAUUCUUCUGCAUUUUUAUGCACCUAAUUGAAAUAAAA